GACCCAAUAAUCAAAGAUACAACCGACCAUUACCAAACUUCAGUAAAAAAGAAACAGAAGUAAAUUAAGAAAAAAAAGUCACUGACAGUGGAGUUGCAGCGCGCAAUUUUUAUAUGCACGAUCCUCCUUUACCAAACUUGGCCACCUACCACCACCACCAACAACAACAAUUGAAUUUCUCUUGGAUUGGAAAGGUUUCUAACUUCUUCUUCUUCAGUCAGCACUCAGCAACAUGUCAUCAUCAACAUCAACCCCUCAAGUCAUCACUUGCAAAGCUGCAGUAGCAUGGGGAGCUGGAGAGCCAUUGGUGAUAGAGGAAGUGCAAGUGAGUCCUCCACAACCAAUGGAGAUCAGGGUCAAGGUUGUCUGCACCUCUCUCUGUCGCAGCGACAUUUCCGCUUGGGAAUCUCAUCCCAUAUUUCCUCGCAUAUUUGGCCAUGAAGCAUCAGGGAUUGUUGAGAGUGUGGGGCUAGGAGUGACUGAAUUCAAAGAGGGAGACCAUGUGCUGACAGUAUUCAUUGGAGAAUGCAUGGAGUGCAAGCCUUGCACAUCAGGAAAAAGCAACGUUUGUCAAGUUUUGGGAUUGGAAAGAAAUGGUCUAAUGCAUAGUGAUCAGAAGACACGCUUCUCAAUAAAAGGGAAGCCUGUUUACCAUUAUUGUGGUGUUUCAAGUUUCAGCGAAUACACAGUAGUUCAUUCUGGGUGUGCAGUGAAAGUCAGCCCAAAUGCACCUCUUGAAAAGAUAUGCCUUCUGAGCUGUGGGGUUGCUGCAGGUCUGGGCGCAGCAUGGAAUGUUGCUGAUGUCUCAAAAGGAUCAACAGUUGUGAUAUUUGGUCUUGGAACUGUUGGUCUUUCUGUUGCACAAGGUGCCAAACUAAAGGGUGCCUCUCGAAUAAUUGGUGUCGACAACAAUCCGCAGAAGUGUGAAAAUGCUAAAGCUUUUGGGAUUACAGAAGUUGUGGACCCGAAUUCCUACGAAGAACCUAUUGCACAAGUUAUUAAUCGUAUUACAGAUGGAGGGGCAGAUUUCUCUUUUGAAUGUGUAGGUGACACUGAUAUGAUAACCACCGCGUUGCAAUCUUGUUGUGAUGGAUGGGGAUUGACGGUAACACUUGGUGUGCCGAAGGUGAAGCCUGUGAUGUCAGCUCAUUAUGGACUACUCCUAAUGGGAAGAACAUUGAAAGGGUCUAUGUUUGGAGGAUGGAAACCUAAAUCUGAUCUACCUUCAUUAGUUGACAAGUAUGUGAACAAGGAAAUCCAGAUUGAUGACUAUAUAACACACAAUUUGCAAUUUGAUGAAAUUAACAAAGCUUUCACUCUCAUGAGGGAAGGAAAGUGUCUGCGUUGUGUUAUGCACAUGCCAAGAUAAUUGUUGAGCCUUCUUGUUUCUUUCAGAAAAGGGAAUAUUAUUGAAUAAAUUUAUACCCAGGGGUGUGUAUGAACUAUUUUGCCUGGUUAUCACGACACAUUGGUGUCAAUUGUCAUCGUACCGGACAAUGUUGAUCAUGAUAUGCAUUUUUUGUCUUUGUCCAGCUAAGAAAUUUAAAUUUACUAAACAAUCUGACUUUGUAUUUGUAAAAGCUUUAUUUUUGAGCUAUGAGAAGACCAAGCUUUACAGUG